AAGAGAGCGGAGCAGACGACGGCUCCGCACAGCGCAUCGAUGCCGCUCGGUGCUUAUAGUUAAUAGACCCUGCAGCAAUCAAAUAUAACACAACUUAGUUUAUUAAAGGGCUAAUCUUUCUUCAUGUUUAUUGUAAGGUUUGCAGUCUACAAUAAGACGCGACAAUGCUCUCAGUCGGUUUGUUUACGGGUGCGUAAUUGACUCGCAGCCCACUGAUGCCCCACACAUAGAAGAUAAAACCAAGUCAUUAUGGAGGACAAACGCAAAAAACGCAGUCCAAAGGUGUCUUUGCCUCAGCCUCCUCCCCCUCCCAUCAACCCUCGCAAACUCCCUGCCCUCCCUGCCAGCAAGAGUGCCACCUUUUCUCUAGGUCUGCCGCAGCCUCCCUCACCCAAAAACAGAGGCAAGUACAAGAGGUCCAUCGGAGCUCCAGGGCAACCCAAGGACAUGCCUACUGCAGUCAUUGCUCCCCCCAAAAUCACAAGACCACACAAAGAAAAGCCCAAGGCCCCCCAGCCAGCAGGACCCAGCAAGGUUGUCCAGUCAUCCCCCCUGCAGCACUCCUUUCUUACCGACGUAUCUGAUGUAAGAGAAAUGGAAGAAGGGCUCCUCAACCUCCUCAACGACUUCCACUCAGGCAAACUGCAGGCCUUCGGUAAGGUGUGCUCCUUUGAGCAGCUGGAGCAUGUGCGGGAAAUGCAGGAGAAGUUGGCCAGACUGCACUUCAGCUUGGACAGCCAUGUGGAGGAGCUCUCUGAGGACCAAAGGAAAGGAGCAUCUGACCACAACCUGGAACACCUGCUGAGUAAUCUGGAAGAACUAAGCACCUCGAUACAAAAGCUCAACUUGGCUGAGAACCAGGAUCUGCCAAAAACGUCUGCUCCCUGUUGAGUGAGGAGUAAAGGAUGGCAGCUACUCACCUUGUCACAACAUACAACCCGCACUGGUUGUCAUGGGUUUGAUCCCGCUGCCUUAGCAACAGGGUAAAAAGAUCUAUAGGUGAAGGGGCAAUUUUUUCCACCUGCUACAGGGGACUACAUUUGUGACAUUUAAAAAUAUUCAAAACAACAGAGCACAAAUAACAAAUGAAGGAAACAUUAUAUUGCUAAUUUACAAAAUGUAUACAAUUUAUUACAUAAGGAAUUUACUAUUGUUGGCUAUUAUUAAACACCAAUAAUAUUAAAUUGGUUUGUUUCUUUACAUUUAGCUUUUGACUAAUUCACUGUGAGUAUGUCACGCAUUUCCAUUUUAAGCAGACCAUUUAAACUGAAGUUUCUGAUAUAGGCUGCAUUUGGGUCUAUGGUACAGUUUUGUCAUUGCUGCCAUCAAUCAUUAGGUAUUUGUCACUAGAAGCACAGGUAGAAACAACCCUAAGCCUUAUUGUGUGAGAUGUAUGUUCACUGAUAUCCCUUACAAAAGUUCUGAGGGCUUUGUGACCAGAGUAGAAUAUUUUUUAUUGUAUUAUAGAAAGUUGUUAAAUUAUUCAAGCAAAAUCUUUCUCUGCUUGCUUUCUGCUUUUAAUUACAUGCCUUGUAUUGGUCUGUAAAUGUUAAGAAAACGCAUGGAAAAUGAAUUACAGAAAUAAACAGUUUAUUUA